ACAGAAGCGACGCGUCGAAAGAACUGUCAAGCGACGACUCCUCCCGGAACUCCGCUGAACUCGAAUCUGACAGCUUCGUUUGACAACUUCCGGUUGUUUGUCGUUUGUAGUUUUCUUUUCGCCCUUAACUAUCAAGAUGGCUCGUGGACCGAAGAAACAUUUGAAGCGCUUGAAUGCCCCACGGGGAUGGAUGUUGGACAAGACGGGAGGUGCCUUUGCCCCGAGGCCCUCGACCGGUCCACACAAGCUGCGGGAGUCGCUUCCGUUGGUGAUCUUCUUGCGCAACCGGCUGAAGUACGCCCUGACCAACGAUGAGGUUACCCGUAUUGUGAUGCAGCGUCACAUCAAGAUCGACGGCAAAGUGCGUACCGAUGCCAACUACCCGGCCGGAUUCAUGGAUGUUAUCACCAUCGAUAAGACCAGCGAGAAUUUCCGUCUGAUCUACGAUGUCAAGGGUCGUUUCACCGUUCAUCGUAUCACUCCGGAAGAAGCUAAGUACAAGCUCCUGAAGGUGAAGCGUGUGCAGAUCGGCCCCAAGAAGGUUCCAUACAUUCUGACCCACGACGGACGCACCAUCCGCUACCCGGAUCCCUUCAUCCACCAGAACGAUUCGAUCCAGUACGAUAUCGCGACCGGUAAAGUGAUGGAUGUGCUCAAGUUUGAACCCGGAAAUCUGUGCAUGAUCACCGGAGGAAGGAAUUUGGGUCGUUGCGGUACGGUCAUCCAGCGUGAGAAGCAUCCGGGAUCGUUCGAAAUCGUGCACAUCAAGGACGCCACCGGCCAUGUGUUCGCCACCCGUUUGACCAAUGUGUUCAUCAUUGGCAAGGGCACCAAGGCGUUCAUCUCGUUGCCGAAGGGCAAGGGUGUGAAGCUGACCAUUGCCGAGGAGCGCGACCGACGGUUGGCAAGCAAGGCUGCCCACUAAGAUGAGUCUGGGGAUUGAUAACACCACGAGAGGGCGUGAGCGAAAACAAUUCCGCGAUAAAUAAGGCAAGUUAUGUAUUUUUAAUAUACAUCGACAGAAGAAAAAAUACAUUCGUUUGCAUAUCGAAUGUAUUUGAUAAAUGAGAAUACAAACGGUAAAAAUUA